GUAUUUAUUGGUCAAUUUAUACAUGUUUAUUUGAUCAUGUUUGUUUGAUCGAAAAUUGCAGAAUUAAGCAAAGAUGGCAACGGAACAGAAUUAAGGCAUACAAAAUGCUUAAUUUCUGUGAGAUUUGAUUCUUCAAUGUUUGUUGAAAAGAAGAUUUGUUUGUUUCUGUGAGAUUUGAUUUGAUUCUCCGUUUUCCAAUGUCUUUUGGCGAAUUCUGGUUAUUGUCUUCCCUCUUUUGAGUUCUGGAAUUGCAGCUAUCAGCAAAACAUGGCACCGAGAAAGAAGACAUUAACCAUGGUUUGGGUUAGGAAAUCGCAACAACCAGAAAACAUGGCAAAACCUGCAAAGGGCAAGAACAAAUCGCUACUGGACUGCUCUCCUCUCCUCGAAGAGCUCCCGCAAAGUCCCGAUUGUAAGUAGUUUGGUGUAUGUAUGGUUAAAAAAAAUCUUCCUUUAUAUACCUGAGACAUCUGCUGGCUUUAAAAAAAAAAAGAAAAGUUCCUUAUGAUUUCAGUUGUGUGUGGUUUUCUAAAGAAGUCGGCUUUCGCCCAAGACUCAUAUGAAACUUAAUCUGCAGAAGAUGUUCCGAGUCACUUUAAUGAUAAUGAUAUUCCAUGAUCGAUCAGCUUCAGCUCCGUGAUAGAUUUCUGGAAUAGCAGCUAUCAGCAAAACAUGGCACCGAAAAAGAAGACACCAACCAUGGUUUGGCUAGAGGAAUCGGGGAAAUCCUGAAGCAAAUCCGAGAAAAUGUAACAUGGCAAAACCUGCAAAGGACAAGAACAAAUCGCUACUGGACUGCUCUCCUCUCCUCGAAGAGCUCCCGCAAAGUCCUGAUUGUAAGUAGUUUGGUGUAUGUAUGGUUAAAAAAAAUCUUCCUUUAUAUACCUGAGACAUCUGCUGGCUUUAAAAAAAAAAAGAAAAGUUCCUUAUGAUUUCAGUUGUGUGUGGUUUUCUAAAGAAGUCGGCUUUCGCCCAAGACUCAUAUGAAACUUAAUCUGCAGAAGAUGUUCCGAGUCACUUUAAUGAUAAUGAUAUUCCAUGAUCGAUCAGCUUCAGCUCCGUGAUAGCUUGAACGAUGUACAUUACAAUUCAUUGGUGGAGAGGUGACUUGUGGACUGUGUUGAUAGCUUCACACGCAAAUCUCUGCAGAAACAAGACGAGACUUGUCUCAGUGAAAUUCCACUUCUCUCCAUGCGAUGAAAAAAAUUUAGGCAUUUUGAGAAUGGCAAAGCAACAUUUCUUCAAGCCUCUUCUUCCCGGAUUCCACAGUCACUUGACAAUUCCUGUGGCUUUCUUCUUGAAGAAUAUAGAAGGAAGACAUGAGCAGAAGACGGCGGAGCUGAGAUCAGACGCGUCAAAGAUAACUUGGGAAGUGAAGAUUGAUGGACAGAGACUCACUGACGGUUGGAAAGAGUUUGCUCUCUCGCAUGAUCUUCGAAUCGGUGACAUUGUGGUGUUUAGACAAGAGAGAGAUAUGUGUUUCCACGUUACAAUGUUGGGACCUAGUUGUUGUGAGAUUCAAUAUGGUUCGUGUUUAGACAACAAGAACAACCUCGGGAAGAUUCAAAGGAAGAAGAAUCCAAGAAGAGAAACAGAGUCUUCGUCACUAGAUCCUUCUUGUUUUGUGGCUAAUGUCACGGUUUCGAGUCUACGCGAUGACAGACUGAAUCUUCCAAGAAGUUUUGUGAGGGAAAAUGGUCUAGACAAAAGAUGUGUAGAGAUUGUUCUGAUGAAUGAAAAGGGCAGAACAUGGACUUUAGAUUUGAAAGGAAACAAAUCAUACGGAACUACUUACAUCAAACGAGGAUGGAGAAGUUUCUGCCAUGCCAAUGGACUUAGAGCUGGAAGUAUCUUCACUUUCAAACUGAUCAAAAAAGGAAAAACUCCGGUUCUACGUUUGUUCUCCAAAGAGCCAGAAGAACAAGCUAAUGAAGCGUCUCUUUCUCCAGAACUGGAAAGCAAUGAAGAUAGCAACCUUGGGAAGAUUCAAAGGAGGAAGAAUCCAAGUAGAGAAACAGAGUCUUCUUCACUAGAUCCCUCUUGUUUUGUGGCUAAUAUUACGCGUUCGAGUCUACGUUAUGACAUACUGUAUCUUCCAAAGCGUUUUAUGAGGGCAAAUGGUCUAGACACAAGAUGUGGAGAGAUGAUUUUGAUGAACGAAAAGGGCAGAUCAUGGGCUUUAGAUUUGAAACGAAAGAACUCAUGCGGAACUACUUACAUCAAACGAGGAUGGAGAAGUUUCUGUCGUGUCAAUGGACUUAGAGCUGGAAGUUUCUAUACUUUCAAACUGAUCCAAAAUGAAAGAACUCUGGUUCUACGUUUGGUCCCCAAAGAGCCAGAAGAAGAAGAAGAAAAAGCCAAUGUAGAGUCUCUUUCCACAGAACCGAGUGAUGAAGAGAGCAGCCAAGAUGAGAAGAGCUCACAAGAAUGUUCAAAAACAAUGGAAAAGAAGAGUAUAUUGAUACAGUAAGCUUCAUCUUCCGCAUCCCAAAGCCGAUUCGUGACCGUAACUCUAACACUUUACAACGUCACCUUAUCUAGACUGACUCUUCCCAUACCUUUCACAAAGGUGAAUGGCAUACAAAAUGCAAAGAAGAUGAGUUUCUUGGAUAAACAUGGCGUGAAAUGGUCUACGAGUCUGAGGUUUGAACAGGACCGUCAGAGAAUGAGACUGGUAGGAGGCUGGAAAGAGUUUUGCGAUGCGAACGGUGUGAAGAUAGGAGAAUCGAUCAUGUUAGAGCUAAUUUGGGAAUCAGACAAAAGCUCUGUUCUUAAGUUCUGCUCCAAGGUGAUGCAAGAGAUCAAAUGAAACUGUUUCUGAGGUUAUGGAAUUACAAGUAUGCUAAUUAAAGCUUUUGUUUGAUAUCUCAGUUUUCUCUUCUUCCUACUAGUUUACUAGAAACUCCAUGCAUGCUUUGUCUAAAUGCUUAUGGUCAAUGUUCUUUUUGAGUGUUGUUGUGUGUAAUAAUUUCAAUAUUUGUAUCGUUUACUAUGUUCUAGCUACAUUGAGAGAGCCUGCGACAGCUCAUAUGGUCACUUCACUUUCUUUUAUU